CACACCGCCAAUAAAAUCUGGACCAUCAUCACUGCAACAAUCGUCACCAACUCUAAUGAAUAGCAACAACAGUAACAACAACAAACGUGGUCACAUACGUUCCGCCUCAUUGGAAAAUGCCAAUUCGUUGAUAUCCAAAAAUACCCUGGGCCUACCAAUGGUUCCAUCACACAAUUCCGCCACGGGAACACUAAAAUCACGUAACGAACAAAAACGCAUGCGUAACAAAUUCGGCAGUCACAGUAAUCUGGAUGACUUCGUGCAACAGGGACGCAACAAAUUCAACAACAUUCGGCAAAUGUUUGAACUAACCAAAGGUGGCAUGCAUAGUAAGACUAUGGAUGAUGCCAACAACAACAACAAUAGCAGCAAUGAACCCCAGUCAAUGCAAUCCUUGCCACCAAUGAUGACAACAUCACUAACCUCUAUGACAUGUUCCCCCACCUCAUCCGCCUCAGCAUCCACUUCGAAUUUAACCUCAGCAUCAUUAAAUCAUAAUAAAUAUUCACCAAUGAUGAUGAUGACAAUGCCAAAACGUUCGGCUGUCACAAGGAAACCUCCCAUACCGACACCACCAACCAACGCUGCUAGUCCAGCCGCACAGGCGGGAAAAUCGGAAAACGGAUGCGGAAUUGUUGGUAGUCGUAACAGUAUUACGGAAGUUAGUGAACGUUUAAAUAUUAAUGAACAGCAAUUGGAUGUUGCGACAGCCAACAAUAAAAUACAACAACAACAUCAGCAGCACCAACAGCGACAGAUUUUACAAGCUCAACGCACCCAAACCCAUACAGCCUUAGUUCAUAGUACACAACAACAGCAGCAGCAAGCCCAGCAACAGCAUCAUGUUCAGGCUCAGCACCUUCAUCACCAAACCCAACCGCAGCAGCUCCAACAACCACAACGGAGUGCAAGUGAUUUGUCAUACAUCCAGACCAUCGAUGAGAAUCACGAACAACAGACUACAAAUCUUUUACGCCCGAUUGCUUUUAAGCCGAUCCCUUUCGAGCCGGACUAUACCAUUCCCAGUCGUUAUUGUGAUGUUGUUACGUCGGCUCAGUCAGCAACGGCAUCGGUGAAUAGUAACAACAACCCUCACAAUAUGAUUGUGGGCGAUCGUUAUGGUUCCACACCAUCAUUGGCCGCAGUACCCGGUUCUAAUAUGCGAUUUGGAAGUACCACCGAUCUAAGGCACAGUGGUAAUGGUGGCGGCAUGACUCUUAUGACAGCUGGUGGACUCCAUGGUAACUGCAGUGUCGGCGGCAGCGGAGUCAUUGUCGGUGGUGGUGGUUAUUCAAGCAAUAAUUAUUGCAAUAGCCUGAUGGCACGUCGUCGCGGUUCCAGAUCGUUGAAAAUCAACGAUAGCAUGGAAUCUAUUCGACAUACACCGGACUCGGAUAUCAACAGUCAAACAGGCACCCUAAAAUCAAAUGAUAGUGGUGGCAGUGGCCUCAAUAUGGCCAUGACCAGCAACAGCAGUGCCAGCAGCAAUACCAACACCAUGGCCAGUAGCAGCAGUUGCAGUAGUGCCAGCAGCAGCACCACCAAUAAAUAUCACUCUGAUCAAUGUGAUAUGACACCCUCACCUUCGGAUUCGGGUAUUUCCGAUUUGGAGGCCGCGUUAAAGGAUCGUGAUUCAGAGCUAUCGUAUCUGCGACAAACCAUGGAACACAAUGAGAAAGUAAUUUUCAAAGUACAAAAGGAUAAGGAGUCGUAUUGGGAAAACGAAACAAAACGUUUGAAAUUGUAUUAUGAGGCCCAGCAGCGUGAAUAUAUGUUGAAAAUCAAGAAAAUGGAACAAAUGGUCGCCAUGCAACAAUUCCAAUUCAAGCAGCACAAAUUGCGUCACAACGAGCAGACCCAAAAGCUGAGGGAGCAGUUGGCGGAGCUGAAGAGUGAAUAUGAAAUGUUGAAGACCAACAACAUAAGCAUAAAGAAUUCCGAAAGAAAUCUAAAGGAUCGCUCGGCUUACAUCGAGGAGCAAUAUGAAGAAAGUCAAAAUACUGUGGCCAGACUCAAGGCCCAGUUGGAGGAGAGUGAAUGGAAAGUGUGUGAGAAAAACGGAGAAAUAGCUUUACUCAAAACCCAACUCAAAGAGGCAACGAACGAAUUAACUCUCAAAGAACACGCUAUAGUCCAUCUGAAACAUGAAAAUACCAAUGCCGAAACACAAAUUUACCAAAGUCUACAAGAGAACCAGAAAAUCACACAACAACAAAUGCAGGAGGUAGAACAAAAUGCCCAAUCGCAAAAAGAAACCCAGACGGAAUUGAAGCAGCUCAAUAAAAUCAUCAUUCUCAAGGAUCAAGUCAUAUUGGCAUUGACCAAUGAAUUGGCCAAGUUGCGCAAGGAGCUAUCCGAUUUGGCAAUUUUUCAUGAAUAUGGUGAAGAACCAUCGGGUAAAUAUACACGACUGAAGCAGCAGCUAGACAAUCUGACAGAUAUUUGCAAUAAGACCCGCAAACACACCCAGCAACGUAUUGAAAAUCAUAAAAACGAAGAGAAACAAGAUCAUCAGCCAGAAGCAACGGAAAAAGUUAUUGAUGACACUAAUUUGGAGGUUAUCAUUAAUUGUUUGAAAAUCUCUCCGCCUCAGCUGGAUGAGGAGAAUGGGGAGGAGAAGGGCGAUGCGAAUUAUCAUGAACGUGAACUGAAUAAACUCAAUUGUGAGUUGCGUUUGGCAAAAAUGUCUUCGGAUAUACAGAAUUUUGUGUAUGGUUCACAGAAUCUACCCGACAUUGCUUUGAAUACCAAACUUUCAACGAAGUUGGCCAAUUGUCCGCUCGAAGAGGCCACCUUGGAUACUCUCAUCGAAGAAUCGGCCAGUUAUGCUGAAGAAAUUGCCAAAUUACGAAAACAAUUGGAUGUGGUGCGUGUCAAUUUCGAACAGGAGAAACGUCAGUGGUCAGCCGAAAAGGAAAAGGUACUGCAGUAUCAAAAACAGCUGCAAAGCCACUACAUUAGUAUGUAUCAGAAGUUACGGAAUCUGGAGAAAACCAAUGAGGUUUAG